AUCCGGGUCGCACUCACCGACGAGCCGCCGGCGGCGGCGCAAACUCUGUUUACGGCGAGGAGCCACGCGGGCGGGGGCGGCGCAGCGACUGGAGCGACGGUGACUCCGCGCGGGACGCGACCAGAUCCCUCAUGUCGUUCGCCGGCGUGUCCGUCGUCGACGGCGGAAAGCACUGCGCCUGCGACACCUCGGCCGUCUACGCCGGCGCGGACAGCGGGUACCACCUGCUCAUGGUCAGGGACUACUCGCGCACCAAGGUUGAGUUGCCCACCGGCGAGAGCGCCACCACCGGCCUUUUCACGGUGGGGGAAUAUGAUUGGUACAUCGAGUACUACCCCAACGGAGAGAACCCAGACUGCCGGGACUUCGUUUCGCUCUACGUCACGAGGAAUACCCUCUACGACGGCGAGGGCGAAGAGGAUGUGGAGGCCAAGUUCAGCUUUAGCCUCGUCGACCAUGUUGAAAAGCACAAGCCAGUGUACAUUCAUGGAACCAAUAAGACCUGCACCUUCUCCGGCAGUGCCCCCUCCUGGGGCAGCGACAAGUUUGUGAGAAGAGACGUCCUGGAACGAUCGCGGGACCUUAAGGGUGACUGUCUCACCAUCCGGUGUGAUAUCAUGGUUGUUUGCAAGGAUCCCAAAACCGAGGAUGCCCCUGACACCCUCUCUGAUAUGAACCAGCAUUUUGGCCAUCUCCUUCAAAACAAGGUCGGUGCUGAUGUGACAUUUGAGGUCGGUGGCGAGACGUUCGCUGCACACCGGUGUGUGCUCGCAGCCCGGUCUAAUGUCUUCAUGGCACAGCUAUUUGGCCCCAUGAAGGAGGGCACCGCAACGUCCAGCGUCAUACAGAUCAAAGACAUGGAAGCAAAAGUGUUCAGGGCUCUGCUUAGCUUCAUCUACACGGAUUCACUCCCCACGAUGGAGAAGGACAGCAUGGAGGAGGAUGAAAUGUCGGAAGUUAUGGAUGAAGGACGAGAAGAAGCAGCAGAGUUUGAAAUGUGGCUGCAAUGGUUGCAAGACUUGUUUGUGGCGGCAGACAGAUACGAUCUCCAACAGCUUAAGUUAAUCUGUGAAAAGCAGUUGUCCGAGCACAUAUGUGUGAGCACGGUGACGUCCACACUUGCUCUAGCCGAGCAGCACUGCUGUCACGGAUUAAAGGAGGCGUGCUUGAAGUUUAUCCAAGUCCAGUCUCCCUCGUGCUUACAAGCAAUAAUGGCAACUAAUGGCUGGGAUCAUGUAUCUGCGACCUAUCCCUGGGUUGUGAAGGAGCUCAUUGCCAAGCUUGCUUCGAACCAGCGAAAGUAACACCCUGUAUAUGGUAGGCAUGCUCCUUAACACCUAAAGUGGUGCUCUUAGUCUUAUGCAUAUACGGUAUCCUCCUUUAGAGAGGACGUAGUCGGUGUGUCUCGUCAUGUAAUUUGCCUAUAUGCUGAAUAUCAAUUAAAAAAAAUGCAACAUAUGGGCAAGUUGUCUCUUCAUGGAA